CCGUCAGAAUACCGAUGUUUUCUUGUAGUGUGAGAGAUUGCUUACGAUGGCUUCUAAAGCUUUGCUUCUCUUAAGUCUCAUUGUUGUUAUCCUCAUUGCCUCUGAGGUGGCAGCCAGGGACCUAGCUGAUAGCUCGGCAGAAAAUAAGAACAAUGAGAGAGAAGAAGGAAUGCAAACUGACCAGUAUGGAGGGUAUCCAGGAAGAGGGUACGGAGGAUACCCAGGUGGGGGAUAUGGCGGAAACCGCGGUGGUGGAUACGGUGGUAGGGGCGGAUACGGAGGACGUGGAAGAGGAUACUGUCGCUAUGGUUGUUGCUACAGAGGCUACUACGGUGGCUGCUCUAGGUGCUGUGCUUAUGCUGGUGAGGCUGUUCAAACUCAGCCGGAGAGUACUGAUCCAGCUCACUAGAAAAUCAUGCAUAUUGGAUUCCUCAUGCUGCAAUGGUUGUGAAGUAUAAGUCUCAAGUCAAAUAAACGAGAAUAAAUUAAGAUAUAUAUAGUGAAGUGCCAGGGUUUGAAAAGUUUGUCAUAACGAUAAAAGAAAAUGGAAAGUUUGAGUUUUUUUUUUCUAA